AUUCAUCUUUUUUAUCUUUUAUGUAUUUGUUAUGGUUAUUUAAUUUAGUAAUAAAAAAAUUAGUAAAAAAAUAAAGAAAUUCAAAAAAUAACGAAAUAGAAAGGAAUUAAUGGUUUGCGUUGUAUAUCAAUGGCCAAUCCGUGGUAGAAAAGAAGGUUCCCUUGGAACAAUUAUUUAUUUCAGAAUACCUCAUCUCUUUAUUAAAAAAAUAAAAAAAAGAGAAAGUGUGGGGAGAAAUGACAAGAAGAUAUUGGAACAUCAAUUUGGAAGAGAUGAUGGAAGCGGGAGUUCAUUUUGGUCACGGUACUCGUAAAUGGAAUCCUAGAAUGUCGCCUUAUAUCUCUACAAAAUGUAAAGGUAUUCAUAUUAUAAAUCUUACUAGAACUGCUCGUUUUUUAUCAGAGGCUUGUGAUUUAGUUUUUGAUGCAUCAAGUAGAGGAAAACAAUUUUUAAUUGUAGGGACAAAAAAUAAAGCAGCUGAUUCAGUAGCAUGGGCUGCAAUAAGGGCUCGCUGUCAUUAUGUUAAUAAAAAGUGGCUGGGGGGUAUGUUAACGAAUUGGUCCACGACAGAAACGCGACUUCAAAAAUUCAGGGACUUGAGAAUGGAACAAAAGACAGGGAGACUCGCUCGUCUUCCAAAGAGAGACGCAGCCGUGGUGAAGAGACAAUUAUCUCACUUGCAAACAUAUUUGGGCGGGAUCAAGUAUAUGACAGGAUUACCGGAUAUUGUAAUCAUCGUUGAUCAACAAGAAGAAUAUACAGCCCUUCGAGAAUGUAUUACUUUGGGAAUUCCAACGAUUUGUUUAAUCGAUACAAAUUGUGACCCGGAUCUCGCAGAUAUUUCGAUUCCGGCAAACGAUGACGCUAUAGCUUCAAUUCGAUUAAUUCUUACUAAAUUAGUAUUUGCAAUUUGUGAAGGUCGCUCUAGCUAUAUAAGAAAUCCUUGAUUCAUAAUAAAAUCAAAAACGGAUUUGCUAAGUUCUAUAUCGGUUCCUAUAUCCUGAAUCUCAAAAACUAGUUAAAAACUUGGAAUAUGAUAUUAUUUAAUUUUAUUUAAUUAAUCGGUAUUUUAAAUAGAAAAUUAAAGUAAACAAGUCGAGAAAGCGAUGGUUGAAUCAAAAUAA